AAGCAGAAAAAGAUGUUGUAAAGCGGCAGGCAAUGGAAGAUGAGAAGAGAAUGGAAUGGAGGUUGGCAGUGAUAAGGGAGAAGAAGAGGAGAGUGGACGUGGCAGCGGAGGCAGCAAAAAAUUAGGGGAGGUAAAAAGGAUAGAAGAGCAACUAGCCGCCCAGACUGAACUCCCAGCCCAAAUGCGAGUCAUAGCUCGAAAUGUUGCACGCCUGGCACGAAUUCAGGCGGAGCAAUAUGACUUUAGUAGGAGUCAACACAUAGCUGUGCGUUCAAUAAAGUUGGGAUUCCGGGACUUUGCUCGAGAGUUGGUAGGCGCUAUAGGCACUGAGGUGGGCCACCGCCUCGACAAGACUCAACGGUUUUGCGCUGGCGCCAUUGAGGGCGUCAAGGCGGCAGCCCCCAAGGAGGAGGAAGCACGUCCUCCUCGCCGGGAACCGGUCAAGGUCAAAUUCCCUGAUUCCUACAGURGGAAAAGGGAAGAGAACUUUGACAACUGGGAAGCCAACGUUAAGACCUAUGUGCACUUGCAACAGGUCUCCCCGGAUCAGCAGGUUCUAAUUGCGAUCCACGCGCUGAGAGAUGAGGCCGCCAGUUUUGCAAGGUCCCUAGUUCGCGCUGCCAACUGUAGUGACGAUCCCGUUGCGUACUCCUCGUUCACGUCCCUCAUCGAAUUCUUGAAGUUGUUGCUCGAGAGAUUUGCUGAUGUCGCCCACAGCGUUAAAGCCUCAGAUAGGCUGCAGACGAUCCACUCUCGUAAGUGGAAGAGUGCCAAGGCCCUUAAGAGUACAAUGGAUGAGUUAGUGGCUGUCCCUGACCACGGGGUUACAGACACCCAGUUGGUCGGCCUCUUCUAUCGGGCUAUACCCGAAGCCCUUCGAGGGUAUUUCUUCGCAAAGAGCGAAGACCCUGCCACUACGUACGAUUCUCUUAGUCGUGAGGUGGUGGCCUUCGAGGCCAAGUCUAUGUCAGUGUCUACCUUCUGGCACAAGGACUUGGACAAGGGGAAGCAAUGUAAAGGCCGCACUAUCUCAGGGCAGGUAAAGACCAAGGACAGCCUUGUCCUGACCUUAGAUGAGGGUAGUGUGGAUGAGAUCCCCUACGAACAGAUCGAGUGGGGGUUAGAGGAAGAGGACAGCGGUGUGGGCCAGGGGAGGACUUACGCUGCUGUCGUGGCUGGAGGGAGGCCGCAAGGAGGACGAGGCCAGGGUCAAGGGGGUCGGGCCUCAGGGAGCCGGUUUCAGGGCGAUCAGGGGGUUGGCGGUAGAGGAGGAAACCGCCAAGCGGGACGCAGGGGUCAAGGUCCCCCGCAAAACCGUCCUAGGAAUAAGUCUCCCUAUAGGACGUAUUUCCGCCUAGAGAAAGAUGGGAAAGUGGAGAAGGUCCUCCACUCCCUGACUCUUCUCGUAGAAGACAGCCUCCCAUUGGAUAUUGUUCUGGGAAUGGAUUGGGGAGAGGCAGCCGGGGCCACGCUCCAUUUGAAGGAGCACGAGUGUAGGCUCCCUAGUUCUUCAGGCGAGGCUAAGACUGCCCACCUGUUCCAUGUGUCAGGAGUAGAGAAUCCCUUGGCACAUUGCUGUCUUAGUGCUCCUGCGUUCGCCAGGACCCUCGAAGAGCAUCAGGGUCAUCUCAGGCAGGUCUUGGAGAAGCUGAGGGAAGCUAACUUCCUGAUCAAUGCAAAGAAGUGCAAUUGGGCGAAAACCCAAGUUUUGUACUUAGGCCACGUCUUAGACGGAGACGGCGUUAAGCCAGAGGAUAGCAAGAUCUCAACGAUUAGAGAUUGGCCCACGCCACGUACGCUGACAGAGUUGCGCUCGUUCCUGGGCUUAGCUAAUUACUACCGGAAGUUCGUGAUGAACUUCUCUACCAUCGCUGCGCCCCUUCGCAGAUUGUUGAGAAAGGAGACCAUCUGGAAGUGGGAUAAGGACUGCACGUCUGCCAUGAAGAAGUUAAAGCAGUCAUUGAUAGAGUAUCCAGUCCUUAAAGUCGCCGAUCCGUCCUUGCCCUUUGUUGUCACGACCGAUGCGAGUCAAUACGGCAUGGCGCAGUGUUACAGCAAGACGAUGGCAAUGGGUAUAGACCCGUAGAGUUCAUGUCUGCCAGAAUGCCUUCAGAGAAGGUCGCGACAUCUACCUAUGAGCGGGAACUC